UCUCGCUCUCUCUCACUUAAUCUGUUUACCCCUCGGAUCUCAGGUUACCUCAUCGUGAACUCCUCCCUCCGACUCCAUGUCUUCCCAAGACCACCACCAUCAUCACCACCACGAAGGCGAUCGCCACCAUCAUACCCAUGAAGAAGGCUCCUUGGCCGCGGCAUCGUGGGUCGGUCCGGAUGGGAGGGUGUACCACUCCCACGACGGCCUGGCGCCGCACUCGCACGAGCCCAUCUACUCACCGGGGUUCUUCAGCAAGCGCGCGCCGCCCCUUGUUGACAGGGACUUCAAGGAGCGCGCUUUCACUGUCGGCAUCGGCGGCCCCGUCGGCACCGGAAAAACAGCUUUAAUGCUGGCACUUUGCCAAUUUCUACGUGACAAAUACAGUCUUGCAGCGGUAACAAAUGAUAUAUUCACAAAAGAGGAUGGAGAAUUCUUAGUGAAGCAUGGAGCACUUCCAGAGCAAAGGAUUCGUGCUGUUGAAACUGGAGGCUGCCCACAUGCUGCUAUACGAGAAGAUAUAAGUAUUAAUCUAGGCCCUCUGGAAGAGCUAUCUAAUUUGUAUAAGGCAGACAUACUUCUUUGUGAAUCUGGAGGAGAUAAUUUAGCUGCUAACUUUAGCAGAGAAUUAGCAGACUAUAUAAUUUACAUCAUCGAUGUUUCUGGUGGUGAUAAAAUACCUAGAAAAGGCGGACCAGGGAUAACCCAAGCAGAUCUUUUGGUAAUAAACAAGACAGACAUAGCACAAGCGGUCGGAGCUGACUUGAAAAUUAUGGAAAGGGAUGCACUACGCAUGCGCGAUGGAGGGCCUUUUGUUUUUGCUCAGGUGAAGCACAGAGUUGGCGUCGAGGAAAUCGUAAACCAUGUCUUGCAAGCAUGGGAGGCAGCUACCGGCAAUCGGCGCCGUUGAUCUUGAUGUAUGCUCCCUGAAUCGAGCUUUGCAACUCUCAAGGCAUGCACUUCCUAAUAAGUAUCGGCCCAUGUUGAGAGCUAGAAAUGUAUGAGGACUGAGGAGUUGGUACUACGUAGGAUCUUUAACUUAAUGCUUUGCAUGUGCAUUUUGUACGAUCUCCACGAGAUGAUCCUUGUGGUUGUGGAUCAUGUUUGCCGCUAACUCUUUUUAAGGGUUGAGAACACAGUGAACUAAAUUAGCAGGGCGUUUGCUGGAGACACACUCUCUCUCUAUAUUUAUUUUGCGUUCGGCAGUUA